AUGACGAAAGGCCGGCCGACAGACCAUACCACUAAACUGCUGGAUCAGUUUGAAAACUCCAAAACAAGCACUAAAUCGAAGCGAAAGAAAAACGAAAAGCUCAUCAACAUCUUCUACAGACGUUUCUACAACAUUUGUAGGUCCUUGGCUGAUGGCACCAACACCAACCCUCAGUUCUUGGAAAUCAAGAAGAUUAUGUCCACAGAGCUCCAGUUGAUAGUCCAAUCCAAACUUUGACCUAAAAAGUUCAUCCACAAAUCAGAGCAAGCCCUUUAUUCAGGCUUGAAGAAAUCCCAAUUUUCUAUCAAAAGCUGCAAACUUAUCAGAAAAGCCUUCAAGACUUUUUCAGACGCCGUGAUCGUAUAUAGUAACAUACUAACGAGUUGUUCUGAAAAAGAGCUUGAAAAGCUUUUCAAAUAUCAAUGCAUUGGUGAGUUUGCCGCUGACGUCAAGAAAAAGUUAUGGGUUGGACUAAUUAAAGAUCAUCUCGCACAAGUUGGAAUUGAAAAGGCUCAAAGAAACAAUAAAGACUUAAUGGCUUUAAUUAAUGAAAUUCCAGAUGAGGAAAACAUUAGAGAAAGCCAAAAAGUAGCCCUAGAAGAUUUGCCAACAAAUAGCAGCCUAUUCUGUAUCUUUUUAUUGUGGUAUAUAUUCUCCUCAAUAAAUUGGUGCUUAAUAAAAAUAUUUUUUUAUUUAAAAAAGAAUACCAACGCUUUGCAAGAUGAAAAAUGGGAUUACCUAAUUCAAGACCAAGACGCGAAUAUGGAAAUCUUUGAAGAAGAGUCAACUUUGCCUUCUACAGAAGAUGAGAGUGACAAGCUCUUCCCAUGUGCAAUGGAUCCUUUUCAUUUUUAUUCAUCAGAUAGCAUCGGUGAAUGUGAUUUUACAGGAAGAGAUGAUGUUGAAGACUUCUUAAACUUCAGUUAA